AUGACUCAUUCAGAUGAAUCAACAUCAUCGUACGACUCUACUGUCUCAAUCCACAAACGACAGCGCACAGAUUUCAUUUACAAUGGCCAACCCGAUCAGAUGAUUCCAGCAGAUACUACCCAUAUCACCGUGUUCGAUUCAGUUACUGUCAUCUUGGAUCGUGCGUUUGCAGGUCGCAUAGAAUUGAAAGAAGUUCUGCUCCCAAUUGGGCUUCGAUCGAUCGGUCAUGAGGCUUUUUCUGGAUGUGUCUCGUUGUUACGAGUUGCCGUUCCAUACACUGUCAUCAAAAUAGGCAUCAAUACUUUUAACGAAUGCGUUCAGCUUGCGACUGUUGAGCUUUCAGAAGGAUUACGACAUAUUGGAACCAAUGCCUUUGCUCGAUGCUCUGCAAUCACCAGCAUGACACUCCCAUCCACGCUGACAAAGAUCAGCUAUUCAUCGUUUCGACUAUGCACGGCUCUGGGAACUAUCGAUUUCAAUAGCGGAAUCCAAUCCAUUGAUGACUAUGCUUUUGCGGAUUGUGAAACACUGCAAAGGGUCUCUGUUCCUUCCACGGUCCGCAUAAUUAUGAAUUAUGCCUUUCAUCGCUGUACCUCUUUGGCUGAGGUUCAUUUAUCCGAGGGUUUGUUGGAAAUUCAAAAUGACGCUUUUGCAGAAUGUGGCUCUAUUACCACUGUAUCGUUUCCAUCCACGCUCCAACGACUUUCUGGAUUCGAGAGCUGUUCCUCCCUUUCGGAUAUCCAAUUUAAUGAAGGAUUGAUAUCCAUUGCGUUUCGGGCCUUCUUGCGGUGUCAUGCCCUCUCUCAGAUUCAGAUACCAUUGACAGUGGAAGGAAUCAGCGAAAAUGCGUUCGGACACUGUUUCUCUCUGUUGGAAAUGGUACUGCCAGAAGGAUUACGAAUCAUUGGUGCUAGUGCCUUUCAUAGCUGUCGGUUGCUACAACGCGUGUCGCUACCGUCGACUCUCGACACCAUUUCUCAAGAAAUGUUUGCGAAUUGCACCUCUCUGGUGGAUGUCUACUUGUCCGAAGGUCUGAGGCACAUUGGGACGCGUGCGUUUAGAUGCUGCGUGUCAAUGAGCGCCGUUGCCUUGCCCAAGUCUAUUGAAUCCAUAGGCGAAGGAGCAUUCUCGGGCUGUUCAGAUCUGUUGGGAGUGCAGAUUUUCAGUGCUAAUAGAGAUCUGGUCAUUGGAAGAAAUGCCUUUUGCGCUUGCACCUCGUUGGUGAAUAUACGGAUUCCUCCCUCUUUGGACGACUGUUCGCACAGUGUGUUUUCGCACUGCGACUCGUUAUGCGGUGAGAAUGGCGAGGAUCCGGAUUGGGUCUCCUUGCAAGAACGAUUUGCAGAUCUGCCAGUCCACGAUGCUUGUUACCAUUCGUCUCACAUUCGAAUGGAAGACCUGAUUGAAACGGUCGACUGUUGCCCUCAGGACGAGUUGGUGGACAUGUUUGGAAUGAAUCCAUUUCACAUUCUUUCCACAUCUGCCAUCUUUUCUGUGGAUCUUUUAGAGAUGCUCAUCAAUAAGUAUCCAUUGGAGGUUGUCCAUCAAAAGGACUCGAACAACAAUACCAUGAUACACUACAUUAUGAUGAAUCGAUCUUUGAAUGUUGGUCCCUUGAUCAAGCCGGUGUUACAAAGGACAGUCAUCAAUGAAAUGAAUAGUUGGGGCUUAGGAAGAUAUAAGGCCGCAUUUUGCGAACUGACGGAAUCGAAAUCCUGGGGUGCGUAUUUCCAGACCAGACAAAACACUUGGAAGGAGUUGACGGAUACCUUUUCAUCGCAUGUCAAGGCUGAAAUGGCCUCGUCGUUGGAAUUGGCCGUUUGGAAACGGAAUAUUCAACUAUUUGCCGCGGAUCGAAACAGUUGCCGAAUGAUGGGCGGCGCAGACGUCAUACCUUUCAGUGUGAUUUCCUUCUUGUGGGAUGAACAUACAAGAAUUGGCUACGAUUUUGAACGCGAUGAGCUCUGA